AUGUCUCAUGGAGAGCUUAAAAAACGGAGGAGAGAGGAUUAUGGCUACAUUUUAGAGUACAGGACACGCUGGUACGAUUCAAUCGUGAACUCUUAUCUCAUCGAACAUUGUGGUUUACACCCUCCCACUUCAUCCCAAUACGGCUUAGUGGUGCACUCUCAUGGUGAUUUCUUUGGCUCAAUUGCAUUUCCGGCUGUCGCUGAUCUAGCGUUACGUGUCAACAAGCUUGGAAAAAGCAGUGUUACCUACGAGAUCGCCUUAUUCGAGCGAGGAGUUGAAGAAGUCAAGUCGGUAGGGGAAAUCGUCCACGUAUUUGUUGAAAGAAAGACUGGCAGGCCAGCAGCCCAAGGAAUGAACGACACAAUCAAGGAAGGACUCCAAAAGAUCCUCAGACCACUAUCAAAACUCUAA